AUGGCCGAGGGCAGUCCAACUGCUGAGACGGCAGGGGCGAGAGCUGUGAACGUGGGGCCGGGAGGGCUCAUCGAUACGAAGGCCUACGGCAAGCUGAGGUCCUUUGAUGGGAAGGAGGACAGCUGGGCCACGUGGAGCUUUGUGGCUAGAAGCUAUUUUACCCUGCUAAGCCCGGACUUUGAUGCGCUACUGGACGCAGUGGAAGCGCAGCCCUUGGGAAGCAUGCGGCUGGCCAGGCUCUCAGGCAACGGUGUGUUGCACGCGAAGACGCUCUACCACAUAUUGGCUCAGAGCGUGGAGGGCAAGGCCCUUAGCAUCCUGAUGAACGUCGAGAAGCAGAACGGCUUUGAAGGAUGGAAGGCCUUGGUGGAGGCCUAUCAGCCAGACCUGGGCGGAAGGCACACGAGCAUGCUGAUGGGGAUUAUUAGCCCUGCUUGGGAGAAAAGCACCGAGGCCACGUUCCUGGAAGACCUUGAGAACUGGGAGGUGCUGAUCAGGCGCUACCAGGACCAGGCGACGGACGUGGUGACCUCGGCGACCAAGAUCGCCAUCCUCAUGAAGUAUGCCCCGGCCUCGCUCAGGAACGCUCUGCGCACCAAUGCCACGAAUAUGGGCACCGACUAUGAUAAGGUGAAGAAGUUUAUUCGGGAUUGGCUGCAGAGUGGGGUGAACUAUGGAAGUGCUGGCGAGAUCAAGCCAGCCGGCCCGGGCGGUGACAAAGGCCCGGCGCCGAUGGACGUGGGUGCUGUUGGCUACGACCCCAAAGGCAAGGCCAAGGGAAAGGACGGCAAAGGAAAGCCAAAGGGCAAGAAGGGCGACAAAGGUGGGAAGCCAGGGCAAGCCGGGAAAUCCUCUGCGGCAACCUUCCAGGGCGAGUGCGGCUUCUGCGGCAAGUGGGGGCACAAAAGAAAAGACUGCUGGGCAAAGCAGGCCAAGGACAAGGGCAAUGGGAAGGGCCAAGGAGGAGGCAAGACGACGGCGGCAGUGGAAAGCAGCCCGACCAGCCCGUCGGGGACCGCGGCAGCCGUGUACUACGACAUCAGCGGCGGAGAGGCCGGGAGCGAGGCCGAGGAGGAGGACGACGUCCGGUGGGUCAUGGCAAUCGACGCCGGGUCCCUGGAGGAGCCCGACAGCACCCAGGACGACCAGCCGGAGCUUGUCCUCUAUGACUCGGGGUCAGACGAAAACGUGUGCCCAUACCACUGGGGCACAGACGCCUUCGACGAGGACAGCGAGAUUACGCUGAGGACGGUGGCAGGAGGUUUGUUGAGCCAGGGCCGCCAAAGAAAGCUGCAGUUUGAGGUGCUCACCGUGGAGGGCACCGUGGCCAAGGUGGAGGGAACUUUCCAGGUGAGCCGAAGCUGUGUGAAGCCAGUGGUUUCGGCCGGCAAGCUGCUGAAGAGAGGGUUCCACGCGCAGCUGACCAGGACUGGGGGCUACGUCUGGCACCCUAGCGGCCUGCACUUCGAGCUGACGGUGCGGGGCAACUCGACCUACUUCUGGGUGAAGAAUGUGAGGGCAUUGCCGGGAGGGGCCGUGAGCGAGCCGGCUUCCCCAAUGGCAAGGCUCAGGACCGCAGCCCCCGUGGAGCGUGGAGGCGACCCAGAAGAGUGGGAACAAGCAGGCCAGGAACAUGGAGACGAGGCGGCCGAGGAGGAUGUGAUCCAGAUCGGGGGCGACGUGAACUUCGAGCGGCGGGGCAAGUCCAAGCUCACCCCGUUUGACAAGGUGGAGAAGCUGAAGGCCAGGCUGAGAGAACUAGGUCAGCCAAGGUACGGCACCAAGGCUGAGCUAUGGAACCGCCUAGAGAAGGCCGAGAAGGAGCACCUGAAGACCCAGCGCCAACACCAAGAACGACAGCGGAGGUUGCGAGAAGGGGCGGCCGAGCCAGCAGCAGCCCCACCAGGACCGCAAGAGCCAACGCCGGAGCAGAGGGCGCAACACGAGCUCACCCAUCUGCCUCCGGAGCCAUGGUGCGAGCAUUGCAUCAAGGGGCGGGCCAUCGACACAGCGCACCGGCUAGUGCCCCUGGAGCUCAAGGCAACGAACCCGAGGGUGGAGGUGGACUAUUCCUUCAUCAAGGUCGACGGCACCACGGCGGAGAUGGAUGAGUCCACCGAGGUGAUCCUUAGUGCAUGGGACGAGGCCACGGGGAUGGCCACGGCAGCCUGCCUGCCGAGCAAGAACUACGAUCCCGACUAUGUCAGCAGGUGGCUGGCCGAGUUCGUGGCAAGCCUAGGGCACACCAAGGUGGUUAUAAGGACAGACGGCGAGCCAGCGGUGCAGGCCAUCUCCAAGCGGCUCCUGGACACCUUCCGCAAGGACCUGGUGGUGGGCGUUCGGGGAGUCAAGGCCACAGCGGAGACAGCACCAAGGUACUCGUCGCAAAGCAUGGGGGGCGUGGGCGCUUUCCAGAGAACUCUCAAGACGGAUGUGCUGACCAUGCGCUACGACCUGGAAGCCCGCUAUGCGACAAAGGUGCUGACUACACACAAUGCUUGGCCGUGGCUGGUGCGAUGGGCGGCUUUUGUUCGGAGCCGGUUCGGGCUGAAAAGCAACAGCCGCACAGCCUACCAGGACGCCUUCGACACCGCCUUUGCCGGGGAGGUCCUGCCGUUCGGGGAGACCGCUAUGUUCCGGACGCCGAUCAGCAAGACCGGGGCCGUGCAAGGACGCAAGCGGCAACUCAAGGGAGACAGCCUUUGGAGGCAGGGAAUCUUCUUGGGAAAGAGCGUGGCUUCCAACGAGUUUCUUUUCGGCACCGAGGACGGGGUCUACUCAGGGCGGGCAGUUCGGAGGCUAGCCCCGGCCGAGAGGGUGAACAAGGAGCUCUUCGGCAAGUUCGUGGGGUUGCCUUGGGACGUGAAGACCACCCUGAAGGGACCGAGGCGACUGGCGGCCUCACGUGGAGGAGCAGAGGCACAGCCGCCGAUGGCCAUGGAAGGGGCGAGCGCACCAGAGACGCCCGCCAUGGACAUCCCAACAACGCAGGGGGCAACCACGGCGGCCCCAAGCACGCCGAGAGCAAUCUUGGGCGAGACGGCCAAGGAGCAGCCCAAGAAGAGGCGCACCAUGGAGGAGGAAGUUCGGAGCCAGAUUGCCGAGCACGACGCCGAGGACCGGGACAUUGCCACAAGGUCAGGCUCGAGCGCUUCAAGGCAAGGUGCGGCAGCCGAGGGCGACAUGGAUGUGGAACGCAGCCUGGAGAAAAAGAGGGCACCGGGGCAGCCCGAGGCCGAGCCUAAGCGUCUCAAGAUUGGGGGCACGGUGGCGGCAAUGCUCUACAAGCCCCAGGAGGAGAUGGAAAAUUUCGAGGAGUAUGAAGAGGCCUGGUGGGAUGCCGAGGGCGACGCCGAUGAGGACGACAAGGAGAUCCUCGACUUCAGCACCCGCAUCCCGGAGGUCCUUGCCGGCAAGAUGGCCGAGUUGGCAAAGAUGGAUAAGUACGACACCUAUGAGCCCAGGCCCAUCGACGCGGCAAAGGGCAAGAAAAUCCUCGACAGCACCUGGGUCGUCACCGAGAAGCCCAAUGGGACAGUGAAGUGCCGGUUCUGUCUGCGGGACCUGAAGAGCAAGAGCGAUCGCACGGAUGUGUUUGCGGUGGCUUCCUCGCAGGCGACUUCCAGAAUCAUCGACGCGAUCGGGGUCAAGAAGGGGUACGUGUUCUUCACCUUGGACGCGGAGAACGCCUUUUGGCAAGUGCCCAUAGACGAGGAGUGCUACAUGUACCCGCCAGAAGAGUGGCUGGAAAAGCGGCGAGAGCGAGGCCUGAGCGUCAGGGUGAUCUGGAAGCUGAAGAAAGAAUGGUACGGCCGGCGUGUGGCCGGGCAGAAGUUCGUUGACUGGGCGGCCGAGCAGGCGGCCGGGGAAGGCUUCGACAGGUCGGUAGUGGCGCCAUGGUUCUUCCACCACGGGCCCAAAGAUAUAAGCAUGGAAGUUCACAUGGACGACUUCCACGGAACGGGGCCGGAGAAGGAGGUGCUUGAAUUCCUCGAGGCCCUUUCCCUCAAGAUGGUGAUGAAGUACAAGGUGCACCGGGUGGGCGACACCUACGAGCAUCUACGGCGACUUCGCACCAUCAGCCACCAGGGCAUGUUCGUGCAGCCGAACCCCAAGUACCUGCAAAGCAUGUUGAAGGCCCUGGGGCUGGAGCAAGCAAACCCAGCACCGACCCCAGAAGCAGCGGUCAAGCCGGCAGAGGAGGAACAGUUCCUGGACAAUGGCUUGGCAAAGGUGUUUCGGUCGUGCGUGGGGAAGGCCCUCUACCUUUCCUUUGACCGGCCAGACAUUCAGCACGCGGUCCGCGAACUGACUAAGGAGAUGAAGGAGCCAACGGCCGCAGGAAUGAACUCACUGCGGCGACUAGCCCGCUACCUCAAAGGCACUGAGGGCUAUGGCGUUUGGCUGCCGGCGGGUGGUGACACAGACGUGCUGCAGGUGGCAUCGGACACCGACUGGGCGAGCUGCAAGAAGACCCGCAAGAGCUGUGCCGGAGGGGUGUUCAUGUGGGGCGGUUGCCUCAUUGGGUCCUACAGCCGGGGGCUCUCAAUGAUAUGUUUGAGCAGCGGGGAAGCAGAGUUCAAUGGAGGCGUUAUCGCCACCUCUGAGGGCAUUUUUUACAAGGAGGUCCUCGACUUCUUCCGCAUCCCGGUGGUCCUUAAAAUUUAUUUGGACAGCAGUGCAGCAAGGGGGGUCUUUCAGCGCGAAGGCGUAGGCCGUAUACGCCAUCUCGAGACAAAGUCCAUGUGGGUGCAAACGGGCCUCAAGGAGCGAAAGUUCCAGCUCCACGCCGUGGACACACAGAACAACGCGGCGGAUAUCCACACGAAGGCCAUGGGGACGGAGCGGUUCAUUAUGCUCAGGACCAUGCUGGGCGUGAUCGACAACACGCCUGGGCAGGCCAGCAUGAGGGCGGAGGUCGCGAAGGAAAUGUUCAACAGCAUCAAGAGGAGCACGGGCGCGGCCAGCGCCAGGAAGCUAGCAGCUGCCAUCAUGGUGGCUCAGAUGCCAGUUGGGCAGGCGACCGAGCUGGUGACCACAAGCAGUCGAGGGGUGGUGGCAGCGCAGGGGGGCAGCUAUAUGACAAUGGUGCUGGCAACCUUGGUCGUGAUGAUUGCCACGGCUUUCUGGUUGUGUUGGGGCACCAAGCCUAAGAAAGCCAUGCAAGAUGCCGCCACCCAGACGACAGCGCCGGAGCUCAGCGCAUGCAUCCCCAACCGGAAGCUUCAGGUGACCCUGCCCUACUCGCCCAUGGAUGCGCUGAAGAAAAAGAAGGUGCACAAGGAUGUGCCAAUCAUCAUAGGCACUGCCAUCGAGGAUUCCUUUGUUGACAUCGGGGCCGAUGCCAAGACUGAGGACUUCGAGAUCUGGUUGAAGUCUGUUCUGCCCAAGUGGCAGGUUCCCCUUGUUGCCAAGAUCUACAAGGAGAGUCUGUCAGAGCAGAACCUCUACGAGAAGGCCAACAAGUUCUCCCACGAAGGAUGGUCUCCGGCCUACUGGGCAGCACGACGCGUCCGUGCCGACAGAGCCAUGACUUGCGUGGCGCGCCGCUCGGCGCGUGCCUGGCACGAAGCCACUGGUGCAAAG